AGAGAUUUUUGUUAUUGUUCCGAAUACCAGUGGAUGUCAGCUGGAACAGAGUUGGAAUCUAUUAAUUAUUGUGUUGAAGCUUUUAUUGUGGAGUGAAUUGAUAAUUGUUUUGCAGAAGUUAAACCAACAGGUCUUUGAAAUCUUGUAGUAUAGCAGAGGUGCAUCACAAUGACAAACUCAACAAACUGCAGCAACAGUCUAAAGUUGAAUUACAACGUUCAGCUCAUUCAAGUCAUUAUUUAUGCAACAAUUUUUCCUUUUGGAGUCAUAUUUAAUAUCCUUGCCUUGUGGGUGUUCUGCUGCAAAAUGAAAAAAUGGACAGAAACUAGGGUGUAUAUGAUCAACUUAGUCAUUGCAGACUGUUCUGUAGUCUGCACCUUGCCUUUCACAAUUUAUUUCCUCUGGAAUGACUGGAGUCGUGACAUGUUGUGCUUAACUAUACAGUCUAUAUAUAUAAUAAAUAUGUGCAUGAGCAUCUACAUUAUCACUGUCAUCUCAGUUGAUCGAUAUAUUGCCAUAAAGUAUCCUCUGAGGGCAAAGAGUUUAAGGUCACCAUGGAAGGCAGCUUUUAUCUGUGGGUUUCUUUGGAUAUCAGUGAUAACAAGCCAGAACGUAAAUCCAAGCAGAGAGGAACCUUUGUGCUUUCAAAAGCUUUCCACAACACCAUCAGCCAGUAUUCUAUAUAUCUGGAUCUUGGUUUUUUUAAUUCCACUAAUAAUCCUGAGCUUUUGUUCCAUACACAUCAUCAGGAGUCUUAACAAAAAGAUAAUCACAAAUCCACAGGAAAAAAAGCUAAUUGAGAAAGCUAUCUAUAUUGUUUCUACAAACAUGAUUGUAUUUAUAGUGUGCUUUUUACCUGUCCAAGUUGGGAUGCUCGCUAGAUUUGUGAUGGAAAAAAAUGAAGUUACAUGCCUUGCAAUCAAGAAGAUUAGAAUCUUUAUAAGUAUUACCUCAUGUAUAGCAAAUUCUAACUGCUGUAUGGAUGCUAUUUGCUACUAUUUUGUCGCCAAGGAAUUUCGAGAAGCUUCUUCCUUUUCUAAGCCCAAAUAUCAUCACUCAAAAACAAAUCAAAACAACACCGCUCAAUUGCUGGUAUAAAAAAGUUGCAGUACCAAAGCUAGAAAUAAGAGAAGUAAUGGACUUACCAUGCAUAGGAUAUUCACAGUUAUGUUUCAUCUCUGAAAAGAAAAUCACCACAAAGUACUCUAUUGUUAAUUUUAACAGGAUUUCCUGUUAAACAACAUUAAAUAAGUAACUGCUACAAUCAAACUAGAAAAGAAGUAGGAUGAAAACUGUCUUCCAGAACUAAAGAAGAGAUAGUAAAGUACUAGUUUUGCACUAAAAACACCGUAGUGUAAAGACUGAUGCAUGAACUUUUCCAUGUUGACAUGUUAUAUCUGCUAUCCUUUUGCUUAAAUAUAAAU